AUGUCGGCUCAGCCCUCUUUUCUGAAGCUUCUGGUCAUGUGGCAGGAGACUCCAACAGAAAGCAAGCCCACUCAGGCCCCAGAGGCUUCCUGCCACCGGUAUAUCACCCCAAAGAACCAGCUGAAUGAAGAGAAGCCCGACCUCCUGGACUUCCCUCCCAAGUUGGUGGCAGAGCAACUGACAUACAUGGAUGCGGAGUUGUUCAAGACAGUGCUGCCCCAACAGUGCCUGGGCUCCAUCUGGACCAAGCGGAAUAAGCCUGGCAAUGAGCACCUGGCACCCACAGUCUGGGCCACCGUCGCCCAGUUCAACGGUGUGGCCAACUGUGUCAUCACCACCUGCCUUGGCAACCCAAGCAUGACAGCCCGGGACAGGGCCAUGGUGGUGGAGCACUGGAUCAAGGUGGCCAAGGAUCAGCCAUCUAAUAAAUUUGCCAGCCUGCUGAUGAACCUCCAGAGAGGCUGGAAGAGGGUGCAGAAGAAGGGUGUCAUCCCCUACCUUGGCACUUUCCUCACUGAUCUGGUGAUGCCGGAUACUGCAAUGGAGGACUAUCUGGAGAUGGAAAUCAUCUUUUUUGACCAUAAUGCUAUGGAACUAGAAAUCAACCACAAGAAAAAACCUAGAAAGACCAUGUAUACAUGGACGUUAAAUAACAUGCUACUGAACAACGAAUGGGUCAACCAUGAACUCAAAGAAGAAAUCAAAAAUUACAUGGAAACAAACAAAAAUGACAUGACAGGAGUCCCAAAAUUUGGGAUACAGCAAAAGUGA